AUGAACUGGUGUAAAGCGAAAGCCGUCUUGGUGCAUUUUCUUUCUUUUCUUUUUUUCCCUCCUCUUUCGUCGCUUCCGUUUCACGUAGUUUUGUUCUCUUCGUUUCGUUCUACAUGGUCUUUCUUUAUUUUCGACUUUCUCUCUUUUCUUUUUUUUUCUUUUUUUCCCUCCUCUUUCGCAGCUUCCGUUUCACGUAGUUUCGUUCUACAUGGUCUUUCUUUAUUUUCGACUUUCUCUCUUUUCUUUUUUUUUUCUUUUUUUCCCUCCUCUUUCGCAGCUUCCGUUUCACGUAGUUUCGUUCUACAUGGUCUUUCUUUAUUUUCGACUUUCUCUCUUUUUUUUUCUUUUUUCCCUUCCUCUUUCGCAGCUUCCUCUUUCUUUAUUUUAGCAUUUUCUUUUUCUUUUUUUUUUUCCUCCUCUUUCGUCGCUUCCGUUUCACGUAGUUUCGUUCUCUUCGUUUCGUUCUACAUGGUCUUUUUCUUUAUUUUCGACUUUCUCUCUUUUCUUUUUUUUUUCUUUUUUCCCUUCCUCUUUCGCAGCUUCCGUUUCACCUACUUUCUUUCUCUUCUUGUCCUAGUCUUUCUUUAUUUUAGCAUUUUCUUUCUUUUCUUUUUUUCCCUCCUCUUUCGUCGCUUCCGUUUCACGUAG